AUGGCAACUGCAGCAGCAAAUUUUUACCUAACAUCUGAAGCUCAACCAUCUAUAUUCGAGAUAAUCGCCCAGCACAAUUUAAAUAGCACCUUACAACCUGCAUUGGAAAAGCUUGCAUUAUUCUUAUCCAAUUGUAACAAGAAAUACCUGCACUGGACAGUUCAACAUUAUGAUGAGACAUUUCUUGUGGUAAAUGGGCUUUUACAGUUGUAUUAUCUCAGAAAACAUGAUGCAUCAUUUGCUGAGCACUUUUAUGGCCUAAGAAGACAGCGAGUUGAUGGUUAUGAAGUAUCAACUUUACAGAAACACUUCUCUUGGUUUUAUCUUGUGAUUGUCCCUUAUUUUUACAAGAAGUUUAAAGGAAAAGUUGCAGAUUACCAAAUUUUAGAAGCUGACCAAUUGCUACUUGAUGAUCCAUACAGAAACAUCAAGAAAGCAUUAGUAUACUUACACAAUGGCAUUGAAAUUACAUGGGGCAGUUGGAUUCUAGUGAAUUACAUUCGCUACAUGUCAAAUAAGGCAGAUUCCCAGUUACCCAGCCUUCAGCUACUCAAUUUAAAGCUGAUCUAUGCAACAAAUGAAGAUGAUCAGCAUUUUUGGACAUCCUUAGUUAAAGGAGAACUAAGUUUGGGUGAUAUUGGCGCUGGAUUGGUCAAAAAUACAGUUCAAUCUUUGCUUGAAAUAUCAGCAUUUUUCGUUCAGUUUCUACAGGCAUGGAAUUCUGAAAGAAUGAAUUUUAGUAUGACAUCACUUCCAGUUGUCCGCGCACCACCUGAGGAUGUUAAAUCAAAGAAUUACAAAGGCAAAUGUCCGAUAUGUUUGCUGCGCUGGAAGAUGCCAACAGUCGUUCCAAUUUCCGGAUAUGUAUUUUGUAUGUCAUGCAUCUACAAUCAUCUGCGAGAGACGGGCAAAUGCCCGGUCACACAGCUACCCUGCAAGCCUCUAGAUAUUAUUAGAUUGUAUCAGUAGAUUCUUUUUGUAUGUAUUUAAUAGAUUUUAUACUUGUUGAAGUUUGAAA